CUUAUCCACGCUGAUAAGCGAUAACCAAACAUUCGCAAACAAAAAUAGUGUCGUCGAUAUGUGUUCAGUAAGCGUAAAACUUACACUCUUUCUACCAUUGUUUCACUUUGUAUUAAUAUGUUUCUGUACUCAAGACAAGUGGGUACUAUCUCAACCAGCUUCGAACUGUGUUUUUGUCAACAGCACAAAGUACUCGUGUCUUGACGAAAACCACAGGCACUUGUACCAACAAUGUUUCAACACGCAAUUCUGUACCAAAGACAACAAUUUCGAUUUGUCAACGCUGCCGCACUGUCCAGACGAUUUUUCAGACGAAGGAAACUUCUGCUACCAGUUGAGCAAAAAAUCGUCAUUUCCACCACAAUGUCCAUACACGAACGUCCUACCUUUUGACACUUACAAGUCUGUUCUUAGUAAACUUGAACCUGUAUGGAUGCCCAUCGAAAGAAAUUUGGGUUUUUUCCAAUGGGUGGAACCUGGUAGUCGCUACAAGAAGGUUUUUGAAGACCCAUACGUCUACGAAGGUGGAAUCAGUGGUAAAAACUGUCUCGUCUACCACAACGACUCAUACAUAGUUGCUGUAUCUUGCGAAGAACGACAUCCAGGAGUCUGCGCCUACAAGAAACUCCAGGACGCGAAGAAUCCUCUAUGUGGUGAUAUUAAUACUUGCAUCCAAAGUAGUCUAGACUCUUUAGGAAACUGUACUUGUUUGAGUGAUGAUACUUUAAAACCUCCAAGUGAAUUCGUGCAGCCGUACCAAAGCAACGUCUACCAUUUGUUAUUAGACCCCCUUACUUGUACAAUGGGUCUUGAGAAAACCUCAAAUGGUACUUUUAUCUGGACCAAUUCUCGCAAGACCAUCGAUUAUACUUUCUGGUCUCGGGAUGUGUUUUUUAACGAUAGUACCUCAUAUGUUGGUUGUACUUCAAACGGAUGGAUUCUCAUUUCAAAACCAACUUCGUGUUAUCUUAAUGAAAAAAAGGUAACCCCUUUAUCGUUAAACAUGAGUCUUCGUUUGGAAAAUUAUACACUCUAUGUGAACGUUGCUUCUUCAGUUGAAACCGACCGUUCAGCUUUUUGUUUCACUGACGCCCAUCCCAUUUACCCUAUCUCACCGAUUAUGUCUAUAAAUACGUCUUCAAUUGGGUACCAGUUUCAAGUACUUUCGAACAUUUCUGGCCACUACUGGUGUGAAAGCUUUAGUGAUCUGACUCCAGAACCCAUACGAAGCAACCGAGUUUUCUUCGAAGGGGGCGGAAAUGACGAAAUUGUAGCAAACUUAGUGCUGAAGUACCCAACAGGAGUAAAUCCUCUGACUUCUAUGGUUACCACAAUGCUGAAAACGGCACUCCAUUCCAUAAAUUGUCCUUAUCGAAUCUUGAAGAUAUUUGAUUUUGACGAAGCAAAACAAGAGGUUUUAGUGCGAGUUCGUUGUAAUUGUCCUGUGGACAAUUUUUCUAGUUUAAAUGAUGGUGUAAAUAUAAUCGACUUGAAACGAGUAGGAAAUUGUCCGACUGUCAUUGAAAAUAGGAUAACUUGGCCUGAAACACCGUCAUCUUCCGAAACUUACCCUGAAGAGUUGUGUUUCACCGGUGACGGUUUUCGUCUCAAACGAUUCUGCAUCGAAGACAAAGAACAUGGAGCUCGUUGGUCACCCAUCACUCAAGACUGUCAAAUUCCAAAAGGAUCAUCCAUAACGCAAGAGUUGACACAUCUUCGGGACGUUCUAAAUGGGGAAAUUCUGGCCAAAAAUGCAACUGCACAACUAUUUCAGCUUCUGGUCUCCGACAUGAAAAACACAGCGCGGAACUAUAGCCAAUUUAGUGCCUUGGAUGUGUUCCUAGUGGCAGACUUUAUGCAAAAACUCUUGAAUUACAGUGAAGCCAAUCUAGGCAAUAUAUGCGGUACUGUUUUUACAAAUCUAGGUCUUGAUGUCAUUGACGACAUUCUAGAUAUCGAUAGCGAGAUAUUGUUGGAAUCGCAGAAAAAAAUGGGUGCCACUGACAUCUUGCUAGAUGUGAUGCCAAUAAUUAGGUACAGAUGUAUGGUCUUUGGAAACAUCACGCAGCGCAAUUUUGCUUUCAUGAAACCAGUGGUAGAAUCUUCCGGAAUAACUGUACAAAGAAAUGGAGACAAGUUGCUUAUAGGGCUACAAUCGUCGGGUAAAUCGCUUGCCAACUUUCUACAUAUCCAAAAUUUGGAGAGUGCGCUUUGGACAUCUUCUGUGGGCGACUACGACAAAGAUAUCGGUUUUAGUUUCUACAAACAGAGAGGUUUCUACUUUGACGAUACCCCAGGAAACAUUAGUCAGGUUUUUGGAGUCACGACGGACCGUCAAAAACAGAUAUAUGUCCUUCAACGAGUCGAUCAAUUUUCACGAAAAAGCGACGUGAAGUGUGCGUAUUGGGGGUCAGGGGGUGAACUGCAACUCACUCGAGGCUCUUGGAUCUUUAAUGGAACCUCCAAUAUAAUAGAGACGUUUUUCCUUUGUGAGUUUCCCAAAGUUGGUAAUUUUGCUAUUAUAACACCACACAACCCUGAACAGCCUGUGUUUUUUAACUUAACUGACCUUCUUGCCUCUACAGACACUCCUGACGAAAUUCUAGUCAAGUUAUGCCAACUUACGUAUAGAUAUGACGAAUUCGACGCGACAGACGUUUCCUUAACUGGGCAAAUUUUGAAAAAAAUUGACUAUGGAGUGCACGAUUUAGACACAACAAGCGAAAUUUUGAGCAACUUGCAGAAAAUCAGUAGAACUGCACUUAACCAAAGUCAGGAGAAGUUUCUAGCUACUGACUCCAUUUUGUACUAUAGUGACGUUAUCUUCAAAAAUUACAGCUGCAGCUCUCAGUGCUUGUUCAAAGCGGAUAACUUCAUCACUUUGAUUUUCAACACCACGAACACCAACAUCACUGGCUUGCAGUUUUUGUCAACAAUAGCGUGGAAAUACUGUCAGGUUGGAUAAAUGCUA